AUGGAGACAUACAACUACAUGAAAGGGCUGAACAGGUUUUCCUUUGCAAGCAGAAUAUCUCGUAAAAGAAGCAGGAAUGGAGUGGUGUCAGUUUUCACGAGACACUGGUUAGGCAGCUUUGUCUUUGGUGCCAUCGUUGCCACGUUAUUUUUCUAUGCCGUUUUCCUCAGCUAUAACUUGGAAUGGGCUUCAAAUAUUGACAGACACAGCAGAGACGCUAGAUUGCAUGAGUUGGAAGAACAGCUGAAAGCUCUUCAAGAACAACUGGCACUACCAGAGCGCACUGCUCCGCCACUUUCAAAUGUUGCUUGUACUGGAAAACCAGAUCCAGAAAUUCCCAAGUGUGAAGUAAUCCAUGUUGCCAUAGUAUGUGCUGGAUACAACUCAAGUAGAUCUGUUGUGACUCUCAUCAAAAGCAUUCUCUUUUAUCGUAAAAAUCCGCUGAACUUUCACAUUAUCUCUGAUCCAGUCGCUCAUUUGAUUUUGAAUGCUCUUUUUGAGUCAUGGAGUGUCCCACAAGUCGAGAUGAACUUCUAUCCUGCUGACAGCGUUGUGGGAGAUGUAUCAUGGAUCCCUAAUAAACACUACUCUGGUGUGUAUGGUUUGCUGAAACUAACUCUUCCGAAAAUUCUGCCUCGUAGUCUGGAAAAGGUUAUUGUCCUGGACACAGAUGUUACCUUUGCGACGGACAUUGCUGAACUGUGGCGAAUGUUUGCCAACCUAAAACAUAAGCAGGCCUUAGGUCUUGUUGAAAAUCAAAGUGACUGGUACUUGGGUAAACUUUGGAAAAAACACCGACCAUGGCCAGCAUUAAGCAGAGGUUUCAAUACAGGAGUCAUUCUCCUCCAUUUGGAUAAACUUCGGUCCUUAAACUGGGCUCAGCUGUGGCGAAGCAUUGCAGAAAAAGACCUUAUCACGCAUUACUUAACUAGUCUAGCUGAUCAGGAUAUAUUCAAUGCAAUCAUAAAGCAGCAUCCAUAUUUAGUUUUUACGCUCCCAUGCCAGUGGAACGUUCAACUAAGUGAUAACACACGUAGUGAACUGUGCUAUACAGAAGUGACACACAUCAAGAUCAUCCACUGGAAUUCACCAAAGAAGCUGAAGGUCAAGAACAAGCAUAUUGAGUUCUUCCGCAACCUCUAUUUGACGUUCCUUGAAUACGAUGGUAACCUGCUUCGUCAAGAAUUAUUUGGAUGUAAUCUCACAAAAACAACGCGCAAAGAUGAAGAACUGAGCAAACUGAACGAAGAGGAUGUUUGUUACGAAUUUCGACGUGCAUGCAUCAACAACUACAGGACUCAUUUGUAUUUAUUGGACUAUGAUUAUGAGCCGACUCCAGAUGGUUAUGAUGUUACUCUAGUUGCGCAGCUAUCCAUGGACCGACUCCAGAUGCUUGAGACUCUCUGCAAGCAUUGGGAUGGACCAAUUAGCCUCACAUUCUAUAUGUCUGAUGCUGAAGCGCAGCAGUUUUUGAGCUAUGCCCUAAAUUCGGAGUUUUUAAACCGCAGAAAAAAUAUUGGCUACCACAUUGUCUAUAAAGAGGGUAAUUUCUAUCCUGUGAAUUUCUUACGGAACGUUGCUUUACGUCAAGUUAACACUCCUUAUGUAUUCUUGACGGACAUUGAUUUCCUGCCUAUGUUCAAUCUGUACUCAUACAUCCGAAGAUCUCUGCAAGUUUUAGAUGUUAAUGGAGGCAAAAAGGCUUUAGUUGUUCCUGCGUUUGAAACUCAGAGGUACCGAAUCACGUUUCCACAGAGCAAAGCAGAACUUUUGAGCAUGCUGGAUAUGGGAUCCCUCUUCACAUUCCGUUACCAUGUAUGGACUAAAGGCCAUGCGCCUACAAAUUAUGCCAAAUGGAAAAUAGCGACUACACCAUACAAGGUACAAUGGGAGCCAGAUUAUGAGCCAUACAUAGUGGUUCGCAAAGACAUUCCAGAAUAUGACACACGUUUUGUUGGAUUUGGCUGGAACAAAGUAUCGCACAUCAUGGAGCUUGAAGCACAAGGAUUUGAGUUUAUUGUUCUCCCUAAUGCAUUUAUCAUUCACAUGCCCCAUGCACCCAGCUUUGACAUCGCCAAGUUCCGAAGCUCAGCUCACUAUAGGAACUGUUUAAAAAUUCUCAAAAAUGAAUUUGUGAAAGAUCUGGAGAAGCGCUAUGCUAAAUUUUACCAAACAGUAGUGGUAAGGUGAUUAAAUUUACCCGAGCCUAUUGUUUUUCAUCAGGAGUCAUCAACAUAUGAGGCUCUCUUUGCUUUGAAAAAAUAUUGUACUCAACACCACUUUGGUGUUAAAUGUUACAUGAUAUCAGUAAUGCGAAGUUGCUCACAAUUAGCUCUUAGAUGAGAGAUUAAGACUGUUAACUUUCAUUCUGUCAGAAACUAUAUUCAGGUAAGAUGUAUGAUCUCUUUCCUACCUCUAAGUUAAAGCAUUAUUGUAGAGCUCCUCAUCUCACUACAUUAAUAGUAGGGGAUGCAAUUUUCUGAAAAACAAAGGGAGAAAUCAUGUCACGAAUAUUGGUCCUAUAGUUUGAAACUGAAACCAAAUGAAGAAUGAAAGUUUUGAAGUUGUGUCCCCAGAAUAAUUGAGUCGUAUUCAUUUUUAGAGCAAGCUUGAAGAGAUGCUCACAGGACUGCCAAUUGGUAGUUGGUGCCAUACACAAGAUUUUUAUCGUUUUACUCCUAUUUUUUUGAUUCCUUUGAUUUUAGGUAAACUAAGUUAAUCUUGCUGACAAUUUUAUGAAGUUACGUUUAUGUAACGCUCUAUCUAAGUUUAAUUAACACUUAGGUAACAGCUGCUAUCAAGAAUCCAAUUGAUUUGUAACAAUAUUUUAAUUUUGGUAUCUUGUUGGACCUCAGUACUUAAAAGUAAUUAUGUAGGUUGUAACUUUGUUAAUCAAAUUUUUAUCUUUGUGCGUACAGAGAUGUUACUCUUCUUUUUUGUUUUUAAUAUUUGUUUUUACUUACAUCUGAAAAAUAAAUGUUUGAUGGAUGUCAA